AUGACGUCCAAAGGCAAAGGCAAGGCGGAUGACGCUACCGCGACAGACCAACAGCUCGAUCUGCUUCCCUGGGUAGAGAAGUACCGUCCCGCGACGCUUGACGAUCUCGUAUCACACAAGGACAUCACGUCUACCAUCCAAAAUUUCAUCGACAAGAACCGUCUUCCACACCUGCUCUUCUACGGUCCACCAGGAACCGGCAAGACGUCGACAAUCCUAGCCAUGGCACGCAAGAUCUUCGGCCCACAAUUCAGGAACAGCGUUCUCGAGCUCAAUGCGUCGGAUGACCGUGGUAUCGAUGUAGUCCGAGAACAAAUCAAGAGUUUCGCUAGCACCAAGAGCGUUUUCAGCUCUAAGGGCGGUUUCAAGCUCAUCGUGCUCGAUGAAGCCGAUGCCAUGACCCAAGCUGCCCAAGGAGCACUUCGCCGAGUCAUUGAGCAAUACACCAAAAACGUUCGUUUCUGCAUCAUCUGCAACUACGUCAACAAGAUCAUCCCCGCGAUCCAAUCCCGUUGCACGCGUUUCCGAUUCAAUCCGCUCGAACUCGACCAGGUCGAAGAUCGUCUCAACCACGUCAUCGAAUCGGAAGGUUGCAACAUCACCCAGGACGGCAAAGAGGCGUUGUUGAAGCUCUCCCGUGGAGACAUGCGAAGAGCGCUCAACGUGUUGCAAGCGUGUCAUGCUGCGAGCGAUCAUAUUGACGAAACCGCUGUGUAUAAUUGCACGGGCAACCCGCAUCCACACGACAUCGAAGCCAUCCUCAAAUCGAUGAUGGAGGAUGAGUUUACAACGGCAUUCUGGACCGUGUCCCAACUCAAAACGGCAAAGGGAAUCGCAUUGGCGGAUAUCAUUACUGGAUUCUAUGAUUUACUGACUACCAUCAAGUUGCCGGCUAAAUCGAGGAUUUAUUUAUUGGAUCACUUGGCGGAUACCGAACAUCGAUUGAGUACAGGCGGCUCAGAAAAGAUCCAACUCACAGCCCUGCUCGGCGCUGUCAAGGUCGCCGUCGAGCUCUCGCAGGCAUAA